GGAACAAUGCCCCUUAGAUUGGUGGUCAGUGGGAAGAAUGUCCCUUACAUUGGUGAUCAAUGGGAAGAAUGCUCCUUACAUUGGUGGUCAAUGAGAAGAAUACUUCUUACAUUGGAGGACAGCGGGAAGAAUGGUCCUUAUAUUGGUGAUCAGGGAAAGAAUGCUCUUUACAUUGAUGGCCAAUGGGAAGAAUGCUCUUUACAUUGGAGGUCAGUGGAAAUAAUGCUCCUUACAUUGGUGGUCAAUGGGAAGAAUGCUCUUUACAUUGGAGGUCAGUGGAAAUAAUGCUCCUUCUUUGGUGGUCAAUGGGAAGAAUGUACCUUACUUUGGUGGUCAAUGGGAAGAAUGUCCCUUACAUUGCUAGUUAGUGGGAAGAAUGUUCCUUACAUUGGUGGUCAGUAGGAAAAAGGUUCCUUACAUUGGUGGUCAAUGG